AUGUCCGGCGGAGAGAAGAGAGCAAGGGAGGAGGUGGAGGCGUUGCUGGCGCAGACGAAGGUGAAGGAUGGGGUGAAGAACAAGAUCAGGGCCAUCGCCAACAACACGUGUCCGGGGGGAAUAGACUUGGGUGGUUAUGGCCUCGGCGUCAUUGAGGCGCGUGCGGUGGCCGAGGCGCUCAAGGACAACACCUGCCUCGAAACGCUCGACCUGGCAGUCAAUUCCAUCGGCGAUGAGGGCGCUGUGGCGUUGGCGGAGAUGCUGAAGCACAACACGGCCCUCAAACAACUCUACCUGAGUGAGAACUCCAUCGGCCCUGAGGGCGCCGUGGCGUUGGCGGAGAUGCUGAAGCACAACACGACCCUCACAGCACUCGACUUGCGUAACAACUCCAUCACCCCAGUUGGCGGUGCGGCGCUGGGUGCCGCACUGGACGAAAACCGCACGCUGGAAACACUCUGUAUUCGGAAGAACUCCACCGCCACCGCCCGCGCCUUUGGUGCCGCGCUGCCCGUCGACCGAGAACUCAUCACAGACUGGUUUGGCGACGAUGAGGGCAACGCCGCCUUCGACGAAGCACGCGCGGAGAAGAAGCGGCAGCAUGAGCAACUGUUUUCCGCCUGCAGGGAUGGCGACGCUCCCGCUGUCACGUCCCUCAUCGAGCAGGACAAUACAGACAUCAACCAACAGGACAAGCAGGGCGACACGCCACUGCACGUUGCCUGCAGGCACAACCAUCCCGCCGUCGUGGAGCUACUCCUGAAGAAGGGCGCAGACACUGCCGUCAAGAACAAGAAGGGAGAGACGCCCUACGAUGCGGCACAAGCCAGCGGCCACGCUGCCAUCACCAGCAUCCAAGGGCUGAAACCAGGCGGCAAGCCUUCGGAGCAACCACAGCAACAACAGCAGCAGCCAAAACAAGAGCCACCUGCGCCCACUCCUGCCGCCGGACCGAAGCAAGAAGAACAAGCAGCGCAAGACCAGCAGCCCGAGCAGGCGCGCAGGGAGCGUCUCCAGCAGCGCAUGCGGGAGGUCAUAGCACGCUUCAACGCGACCAUGGCGGGCAGGGCCAAACUCAUCUUUAUUGGUCAGGGGCGCGCCGGCAAGACUUCCACGUUCCACUCGCUCAUGGGUCACAUGUUCAACAAGCAUGAGCACUCCACCCUUGGCGCCACCUCAACCGACCUCGCCGUCAUUGUCGAAUCAAUGGACGUUCACGACUGGCAGGAGCUGGAUGCGGAGAUCUCGGAGUUGAUGCGCAGCCUCUGCGGAACGGCGCUGGCGCAGGAAUCUGGCGUGGACUUGCAGAUGAAGCAGGCGAUGAUGAAGGCGAAGGCCGACUUGGGGAGCCGCGUUGCCCAGCACCAGCACCAACAGCGGCAACAAGAAGCCGAGAAGGCAGAGAAGGCAGCUGCUGCCAAACUGAAGCAAAGACAGUCACAGCAGUCAAUGGAGACGCGGUCACGGCCAUCCUCCCGCACGUCAUCAUCGACCGUCCCAAAGCCCAGCAAGACGUCUCAGAUGUCAGCAUCUGCGCCCACGAAGCAGGCCACCCUAACCCCUUCCAGCCAAAGUGAUGCUGCUGCGCGUGACAACAGCAGCAGCACCACGCCCGGCAUGUCUGCUGAGGAAAUGGAGAAAGCGAUCAAGGAGUUCAACAUGGAUGCCGUCAUGGGCGAGGGCAAAGCACGGGUAACGUUCAAGAUCUUUGACCUGGGCGGCCAGUCCACCUUCUACAUCUUUCACCCUUUCUUCCUCACCAAGUACGCGGUGUACCUGCUGGUGUUCUCCAUGGAGGACCUGUUGCACGAAGACGAGAGCCAUCGGGCAGAGGCGUGGGAGUUUAUGGAGCACUGGCUCUCCUCCCUCCACCUCCACGCAAAGGGCGCACCCGUCAUCAUCGUCGGCACCUUCGCUGAUGUGGUCAGUCAGCGGAAGCAGCACGAGAACAUCUCGCGUCACAUCUACAGUCGCCUGCGCCACAAUCCCGCCUUCCCUGGCGUCAUCCACAACGACAAGCAUGGGCUGUGGUUCUGGCCCGUCGACAACACCAAGUCCAUCAAUGACCCCAUGAUCCAGGACCUGCGCCAGACCAUCUCCUCCACAGCACUGGCGCAGGAGUACGUGAGCCAGGAGGUGGCUGUGCCAUAUCUCCACCUCUACGACAAGCUCAACGCCAUCGCCCGCGAUGAAAAGCGGCCGCUGCUCACGUUUGAUGAGGUGGUGCAGAUUGCGCGCACAUGUGGGCUGCGCACACGUGAGGAGACAAGAGCCUGCCUGCAGUUCCUGCACUUGUACUCCAUGGUGCUGUACUACGACAGCGUGCCUGGCAUGGAGGACUGUGUGAUCCUGAGUCCGCAGUGGGCGGUGGACAUGAUGACGCGCGUCAUCCGCAACUUUGAUCUGCACCACGACGUGCGUGAUGGCAAGGCGAGGGCCGUUGGUGCCGACGUGUGGGACGACCUGGUUGACCGCGGCAUCCUGCACCGCCGUCUACUUGAUGUGCUGUGGAGGGACUUGGAAGGUGGCAUGGUUGACCCGUUCCUCCAACUCAUGAUGGAGUACGGGUUGUGUAUCCGGUACACGGCACCAACGGUGCUGCUGCCCGGUCCUCAACAGCAACAACAACACCACCAACAGUACCUCGUCCCAGCCAUCCUGCCGAUGACGCUGGAGGACGAACAGGCGUCCUCGUCGGUGACUCUGAGCACGGCAGCAGCACAGCAAGCAAAUCCGUAUGUUGGAUAUGAGGAGAAGACAGCCUACGUCGCCUUCAGCCUGAGGGAGUUCAAGAGGGGUGUAAGCGCCAAGAUUGCAGACACGCAGCAAGCCUCCUUCCUGCCAGAGGGCCUGUUCCCGAUGGUUCUGGCACGCGUGAUGGCACACAUGCAACACGGUGCAGCAGAACCGCCCAUGUUGAGCCGCACAGACGCCGUGAUCUUCAUGGACGUGGCUGAGAUCGAGAUGCAGCUCGUGCCGGCUGUUGGCGGCAUCAAGAUCAAGGUCAUGACUGCACGUCCUCGCACGCUGCUGCACAUGCUGUACGACACCAUCACUACAGCUGUCACGCAGCGCUACCCCGAGCUCAAGGCCACGUUGCUGCUGCCAUUUAAUGACACAAGGCUGCUGUUCUUCGAGGACGUGCACACCCACCACACGAACAAGAAAGCGCUUCGCGUUGGCCGCUCACAGCUGCUGUCACCAGAGGAUCUGGUCGCCAAAUAUGGUCCACUCUUGCCAGUUAUGGGUCAGCAGGACAAAUACGACGCCUUCAUCAGUUACAGGCAACGCGGCAACCGGGGUUUGGUGAUGACCUUGUCCCCUAAGUUGGAACAGCACGGACUGGUGACCUUUGUGGACAGCAACAACUUGGAGACAGGCGUCAACUUCAAGUACGCGUGCAUGGCAGCUCUUCAGCACAGCGUGGUCGCCUGUCCCAUCGUGUCUGUCGGUGCCAUCCAUCAGAUGCAGCAUCGCUCGGCCACACUGGACACUAGAGUGGACCCUGCGGUCACGUGGCUGGCACGACAGCAGUCACCAUGUUAUGAGCGCGGGCGGAGGGUGAGCGAGUACGACUCGUUUGACCGCCUGAAGAGACUGGCAACGAAGUUGCCGGAUGUUGUGAGCAAGAACACGGCGGCAGCGCUGGACCACAGCACAAAGAGCGUGCGGGAAGUGGUGCUGUCGCUAUUUGACAUUGAUGCGGUGAUUGCGGUGGAUGCCGGUGUGGACCGCACGUCGCAGCUGCGCGACAUUGCGGAGAAGGUGCGCCAGGUCGUCGUCUCUGCCGGCAACGAGGAGCAAGCAGCACUGGGGCCAGGCACAGCGCGUGCAUCCAAGAAGUCCUUCUUCUCCUCCUUCUCCACCUCCUUCUCCUCCACAACACCUGUUACACCGCUGCCCGCCACCCCUUCCUCCUCGUCCUCAAACUCAUUCGAGCCGGCGCUGACUGCAUGGCUCAAACGCCACUCGCUGCUACCGCACGUUAAGUCCGCGCUGAUAGAACACAGCAUCGACACGUUGGAGGUGCUGGUGGUGUCCAUACAAGAGGGUGACCUGACCAAGGAGGUACUCAGGGAAGCCGGUGUGAAAAUUGGACCGGCAAUCAAGCUGAUUCGGGAGGCAAAGAAGUGUGACGUGGACAGUUUUGUGUAGUGUAACGAGUUAUCGUUCUGUUUCCUCUCAUGUUUGCCGUCGUUGUUCUGCGCUGAGUUACUUCUGCCCUUCCGUCUUUAAGUUCGACGCCUUUCAUCCAGUCCUAGCGCCCGACUGUCGUAGACCACCACUUGCACCGCUUCUGUCCCUUGUUGCUCCUCAACUCGUCAAGACGUGCUUCGUU